AUGUCUCUUCCAUUGUGCCUCUCCUCCCCUUCCAGUUCUGGCCCGGCCAACUUGCCCCGGAUCAUGUCUGGUUUGGUGGACCGACCGACCCAAGCUCUGGCCUGGGCUGGCUGGUCAAGCCGCAUGUGGCAAUACCGCACCGCACCGCACCAGACCGCGGGUUUCCGACGGCCAGACGUACCCCUUCGCUGCCCGUUUGGCGCCGCUGCUGUUACGUAUUCCGGAGGGUUGUUCGGCCCCGGAGGGCGAAUCGCGGGGAACCUAACGCGCGCUGGACGGGGGGCAGGGGGCGCUGCCCGUCGAGUCAAGUGCCUGCAGCGGCAACAGGCAGGGACAGCGCUGGCUGGCUGGGUCGCUCGCUCGCUCAACCGGGCUGGGCUGAGCGGGCGAGCCUGGGACCAUUCAGGGAGGGAGGAGGUUGCCCAGAUGGACUGA